AUGCUAAUCCAGUCUCCCCCAAUUUUUUUGUUUCUCCAUUCUGUUAGAAUGUGGCUAGACCAGACUGUGCAUGAGCAACUUGAAAAAAAGGAAAAUAGGUGAUUAUCUAAUGUGUUUAUGUACAGUCUAAAAAUACAGAGGA